CGCGAGAUAUUUAGCAGCCGGGAGUCGCUUCCUGCCCCGAGUUGCGACGGAAAAAGGCCGCGGCGACAACAAGAAAAACCUCCAGCGGCCUCUCUCUGUCUCUCCCUCCCUCCCUCUGUCUCUCCCCACUUGUUUGUUGCCGUGUUGUGCUCAGGGCUUCUCAUCAACUGCUAGUUUGAGUCUUCUACAUCUGUUCGCCCUCACCACCACCACCACUAAUUGUCAUCAUCUUCACCAUUGGGCCACCAACGGCGCGUGGUGAUCGUGCGCGCCCCUCGACUUUUGUUGUUUUUAAAUUGUCUACUUCAAGUUACGCCACCAAGUCGCGUCGCCGUCUUGCACGACGAGGCGACACCCAACCACGACCGCAACAACAACAACAUCGCCCUCCCAACGUCAACAACAACAACAUCGCCCUCCUCUCCCAACGUCAACAACAACAUCGCCCUCCCAACGUCAACAACAACAUCGCCCUCCUCUCCCAACGUCAACAACAACACCGCCCUCCCAACGUAAACAACAACAACAUCGCCCUCUUCACCCAGCGUUAACAACAACAACAUCGCCCUCCUCUCCCAACGUCAACAACAACAUCGCCCAUCUCUCCCAACGUCAACAACAACAACAUCGCCCUCCUCCCAACGUCAACAACAACAACAUCGCCCUCUCCCAACGUCAACAACAACAACAUCGCCCUCCUCCCAACGUCAACAACAACAACAUCGCCCUCCUCCCAACGUCAACAACAACAACAUCGCCCUCUCCCAACGUCAACAACAACAACAUCGCCCUCCUCCCAACGUCAACAACAACAUCGCCCUUCUCUCCCAACGUCAACAACAACAUCGCCCUCUCCCUACGUCAACAACAACAACAACAUCGCCCUCCUCUCCCAGCACCUCCACGACAACAGCUGGCCCAGCGUUGGACACGCGGCCAGUGGACCUGCCGACUUGCUGGCCAGCCCCUCCUGCCUUACCUGCCUUAUCUGCCUGCCUGUCUUACCUGCCUUACCUACCUUACCUACCUUACCUGUUUGUGUGCCUUACCUGCGUGCCUGCCUGCCCGCCUGCCCGCCAGACAACCUGUUGGACGAACCGCUUUGCCCGCCUUUCCUGCCAGCCACUUGUUGUUGCUGCUGCUGUUGUACUGCCCGGCUGCUUCACAGACAUCCCGUGUUGUCGUUGUUGGGACUGCCUCACGAGCAGCCAUUCACACGCAUAGACAGCCCAAAGAGUGUGGUUGGACUGGCUGCCAGCAGACACAGACACCCUGUCCGUGGAACGUGUUAAUACUGCCUGCCUGCAAACCCAGGUACUGGACUGUGCCACUCAUUACCACUGAGACGCCAAGCAAGCCAAGUGCUUGGGCAGCCAGACAGAUUUUCAGUUUGGGCGACCUGUUGUGCUGCUGCUGGACUUCCUUGCCAGCUUAACACCCAGACCAGCAAUCGGCCUGCCUGUUGUACAGUUUUUCUGCCAGAUAACCACUCCGUAACACCUGAAAGUGAGCCUGUUGAGCUACAUUAAUUUAUUGGUUUGUGUCUUCGGAACCUGAAUGACCAGCCAGACAGACAUCUAGCCAUACAGUCGCAGUUGAUUCACCGGCCUGUCAGAAGACAUCCUAUUGCCCUGCCUGAUUUGUUCACUUACGGACGUGCCACAGCCAGCCACGGAGCCCGCUUGCGUGACGUGCCAAUGGAAGUGGGGGACAAGGCCUUUGGCUUUGGCAGCUACGAGGGCCACGAGGAGGCGCAGAAGGCCCUCGAUGCGAUGAACGCCAAGGCGAAGGAGCUCAACGGGAGCCGGGUAAUGUACGGGGCCCGUGCCUCCAAGGCUGCGGCCGAGGGUGAGGCGGUGGCGGUGGCCGAGCUGGAGCGACAGUUCGAGAUGCUCAAGCAGGAGCGCAGGAGCAAGUACCUGGGCGUGAACCUGUACGUGAAGAACCUGGACGAGUGCAUCAAUGACGAGAGGCUGCGCAAGGAGUUCGCGCCGUACGGCAACAUCACGAGCGCCAAGGUGAUGGUGAACAGGGGCGGCGAGUCGAAAGGCUGCGGCUUCGUGUGCUUCUCCAUGCCCGAGGAGGCCAUCAAGGCCAUGACGGAGAUGGACGGGAGGGUGGUGGGCUCGAAGCCGAUGUACGUGGCGCUGGCCCAGCUGAAGGCCGAGCGUAACCUCCAGCACCUGGCCUCUCACCUGAACAAGCACGGGUUCUACGCGGGCAGCGGGCACAGGAGGUCGGAGAGCGAGAUGGAGCUCAACGGGGAGUACGAGUUGCCCGAGCAGGAAGGCAAGAACAAGUUCCAGGGCGUGAACCUGUACGUGAAGAACCUGGACGGCAACAUCAACGACGAGAGGCUGCGCAAGGAGUUCUCGCCGUUCGGCACCAUCACGAGCGCCAAGGUGAUGGUGAACAAGACGGGCGAGUCCAAGGGCUGCGGCUUCGUGUGCUUCUCCACGCCCGAGGAGGCCGUCAAGGCCAUGUCGGAGAUGGACGGCCGCAUCGUCGGCUCCAAGCCCAUGUACGUGACGCUGGCGCAGCUGAAAGGGGAGCGCAGGAUGCAGCAGCUGGCGACUCACCUCAGUGAGCACGCGUUCCACGUGGGCAGCACGCACAAGAAGGCGGUGCUCGAGAUGGAGCUCGGCGGCCACGACGUGCUCAGACACAAGUGCACGAGCAAGUUCCAGGGCGUCAACCUGUACGUCAACAACCUGGACCCCAACGUCAACGACGAGCGGCUGUGGAAGGAGUUCUCCCCCUUUGGCACCAUCACCAGUGCCAAGGUGAUGGUGAACAGGAGCGGCGAGUCCAAGGGGUUUGGCUUCGUGUGCUUCUCGUCGCACGACGAGGCCUCCAGGGCCAUGCUGGAGAUGGACGGGCAGGCGCUCGGAUCCAAGCAGCUUUAUGUGGCGCUGGCCCAGCUCAAGACGGAGCGCAGCCUCCCUUUGCCUCGCCUCAACGGGCGGGCGAUCUGCGUAGGCCAUCUUCACAAGUCGGCGGAGGAGCUGGAGCUGGAGCGACAGUUUGAGUCGCUCAAGCAGGACCGCAGGAACAAGUUCCAGGGCGUGAACCUGUACGUGAAGAACCUGGACGACGGCAUCAACGACGAGAGGCUGCGCAAGGAGUUCUCGCCGUUCGGCAACAUCACAAGCUCCAAGGUGAUGGUGAACAGAUGCGGCGAGUCGAAAGGCUGCGGCUUCGUGUGCUUCUCCACCGUCCAGGAGGCCACCAAGGCCAUGACGGAGAUGGACGGCCGCAUCAUCGGUUCCAAGCCGCUCUACGUCACCCUGGCGCAGCUCAAGGCUGAACGCAACCUCCAGCAUCUGGCCCCCCACCUGAACGAGCACGAGUUCUACGCGGGCAGCAGGCACAGGAGGUCGGAGAGCGAGAUGGAGCUCAACGGGGAGUACGAGAUGUCCAAGCAGGACGGCAAGAACAAGUUCCAGGGCGUGAACCUGUACGUGAAGAACCUGGACGGCAACAUCAACGACGAGAGGCUGCGCAAGGAGUUCUCGCCGUUCGGCAGUAUCACGAGCGCCAAGGUGAUGGUGAACAAGACGGGCGAGUCCAAGGGCUGCGGCUUCGUGUGCUUCUCCACGCCCGAGGAGGCCAUCAAGGCCAUGUCGGAGAUGGAUGGCCGCAUCGUCGGCUCCAAGCCCAUGUACGUGACGCUGGCGCAGCACAAGGUGGAGCGCAAGGUUGAGCUGUCGUCCUCGCAGUACGUGCAGCACGUUGGCGGCGUGCGCAUGGUGGCGCCGAGCACCACCAUCAUCGGGCAGUACCAGCCGGCGACCACCUCUGGAUACUUUAUGACGACGUUGUCACAAGCGCAGGCCCGCACUCCAUACUACCCGCAGUCCCAGAUGGUGCCCGUGCGCUCCAACCCCUGGUGGCUCCUGCCAGUGCAGCCCCAGGGAGCCCACGCCGCCCACGCUCACGCCGCCCAUGCCCACGCCGCCCACGCCGCCCACGCCGCCGCCGGCUUCCAGGCGAUGCCGGGCCCCAUCCGCCAGCCGUCGCCCGGCACCACGGUGAUGCACCAGGUGAACGCGGCCGAUGUGUCGCAGGGAAUCGAUGCCGCGCACGUCAUCUCCCAGGGCAUGAUGGCCCGCCCCUCUUUCUCCAACCAGGUCACCGGACUACAAGUGCCGACCUACAAGUUCACGAGGGGCAUGCAGAACCUCUAGUGGACCCGGCAUGUGCGUCGGCAAGGCCUUGCAUUUGCAAACACUCGGAAAAAGUCUGAGCCCCACCAACACCACCACUCAGUCUCCUGCCUACCAGGUUUUUGCAAAAUACAUGGAAAAAUUUCGAUUUAAAGCUUUCGUGACUGCAGGGAUUCAUCUUCUUGGUUCUUUCGGUAAAGUCUACGUGACUUUACCGAAAGAACCAAGAAGAUACAUGGAAAAAGUUGAGAUUGCGGCUUAGGUCAUGGACUGAGAGUUUGACUGUCAGAAAGCUGAAGUCGGUGGGAGAGUUGAAUUGCUCACUGGCCACUGCUUUUGGCUUGGAGUUCUGCAAAACGUGGUCAGGCUCAGCGGUCACAUGGGAGUGGACCAGACUCUUCGGGAUGCUCCUCGCACAGCGGGGAAGCCUCAAAAGUGGCGCACGGGCAGGGUCCGCUCCUCGCUUCCAUACUGCACGCAUCGCCAGCACCGCAAGGACUUGCAGUGGAUGCCCCGAGGAUGGGGAGCACGCCGCUCUCUCCCUCCCGCCUGGUCUCGCCCGAGGCCCGUGGAGUCGAAGCAACGAGAGGCGGAAAAUAGGGGGCCUUGAGAAAGGCCACUUUAGGGAUGGUUUUCCUAGCUCCUUCAAAGAACACUUAAGGUGUAGGGCGGGGCUGGCUCUCCAUCUCAGUGGCCACAGUGUUUGUUUUUGUUAACGACCGCGGUCAGAAAACACAUUCACCUCAAUGCAACACCAGCAGUCGAAUUAGUGUUUGUAGCCAAGUGAUUGUUACGGAAGUGGUCGGUGUCAAACGUCCUUGUUUCAAUCGUGAAUGUUUUUGGCUUUCACGAAUAAUGUCUCGCCUGGGGGAAAGUGUCAGUCAAUGGAGCCACAGCCGGCUCCAUGCACCCAGUUUUCUGUACCUUGGUCACUUUUUAAUAAACAAGUUUUGACAAGUGCAGUUUUUUAAUUUGACAUUUCAACCGAAGUAUCUGUUUUUUGUCAAACCAUUGUCCAGCCCUAGUCCGAAAGCAAGCUCCGUGAGCUUUAAGAGGCGAUGUAGUGAGUCCGCUGAGGUCGUCAGGCACCAGCCCGAGCUCCCCACCAGGGUGCAAGGGAUCCACAUUUACCAGUUGCAGUGAGUGUGACAUGGAGCGACUUGAUUUGUAAAAUUUCAAGGUGCACCGCCUUGGUGGUUUGUCAGAACUAGAGUUUCAGAAUCCCUGAUAGUCGGUGCUUACAAUUAUACGACUUGUCCUCAUGAGGCUAUUAUUGAGUUCAAGGAGUGAUUGGGGGGGUCAUUGUUUUCCACACUCAACGGAAGAAUGGUGUUUUCCACAGUUAAUUGCCAACACGUGCCACACCCUCCAGGGUGGCGCACACAAAACGCAUCCACGACACACCAAGCCACAUUUGGCCACCCAAAAACAAAACAGCCAACCUCUUUUUGCUUUGAAACCCCCCCCCCUCCCUUUAACAUUGGUCACGCCACGACUCGUCAAUCGUCUUGUUGCGUUUUUUUUUGUUAACAUUGCAACGGAAUCGUGUGAACAUAACUGCCCGAGAGGAAGUUAGUCUUUAUUUACCGGCGUCUCUAAUAACUGGUCUGUGCUGUAACGUUUUAUCCCCCCCCCCCCCCGUAUGCGUCUGCCGUGCAAAGUGAUUCUUGACGGGAAAAACUCUAUAAUAAAACUUUACACAGA